AUGGCUUUGGCUCAAUUGUGUGGUUUGGAGAAUUAUUAUUCUCAAAAUGAUGAUACUGAUGAAUAUGCAAAAUUAACACGUACUUUCCAAAAUAAUAUGGAAUUAUGUGCUCCUCCAUUCGCAAAUCCUGCGGUGGAACUUGCUAAUAUGAAAGAUGAACAAGGAAAUAAGUUGCGUAUGCAUUUUGAUCAUGGUACUACAACUCUUGGAUUUCAAUUCCGAGGUGGUGUGAUACUAGCAGUUGAUUCCCAAGCAACUGGUGGACAAUUUAUUGGGUCACAAUGCAUGAAGAAAAUUGUUGAAAUUAAUGAUUUUUUGUUAGGUACUUUGGCUGGUGGAGCAGCUGAUUGUGUUUAUUGGGAUCGUGUGCUAGCAAAACAAUGCCGUUUGCAUGAACUGCGCAAUAGAGAAAGAAUAUCUGUAGCAGCUGCAAGCAAACUUAUGUCUAAUAUGGUUUAUAAUUAUAAAGGAAUGGGCUUAUCUAUGGGUAUGAUGUUAGCGGGCUAUGAUAAGCGAGGACCUGCAUUGUACUAUGUAGAUUCAGAAGGUACAAGAACUCCGGGAAAAGUUUUUUCUGUGGGUAGUGGUUCAGUAUAUGCAUUUGGUGCUUUAGACUCUGGUUAUGAUUGGAAUUUGAGUGAUGAAGAUGCAUAUGACAUAAAAGAAAACUUACCAACCAACGAAAGUAUCUCUUUAACCUUAAAAAAUCUUAUCACAACAACAACCAUUGAAGAAAGCAGUGAAGAUUUGUUUAUUUUAGACAAUGAAAUAAAAGAAAUACCUGUUAGAAUGCAAAAUCUGAUAAAUUAUUUCAAAGAAGUGUUUAAUUACAAAGGUAAAUUAAAAAUUGUGUCUAAAAAUUCAUUCCCUCAUUCUUGUGGCUUAGCAAGUUCUGCCUCUGGUUACUCUGCUCUGGUAAAAGCAUUAGAUUCUUUCUUUAAUUUUAAUUUAGACUCUAAAACACUUUCCAUUUUGGCAAGGAAAGGCUCAGGCAGUGCAAGUAGAUCAAUUUUUGAUGGAUUAGUACAUUUAAAGAAAGAAGGAAAGGAAUACUUUGCAGAAAAACUAAGCGAAUGGAAAGAACUAAGUAGAAAUCAAUUAAGAAGUGUGAUUGAAGAUGUUUCCCAGACAACACAAGACAUCCUGGAAAACGUCCACAGGAUAUCCACGCGCGGACAUUCAUUGUCCCUGCGAUAG